AGUCCGUUAGGUGGUGGUAAUGUAACCAGAAUGUUGCUUGCCAACCGCCGUCCUAAUCAGAAGAGAAGAAGAGAGACGGAAGCAUUCGAGUAGAAAAUGAAAACAAUGCAGAAACAGUUUCUUUAGGCGCAACACGGAUACAGUAUGUCAGAAUCUUUGGACGCUUGCAGUUUACUCUCUUCAUCCUCGCAGCUCGAUCUCAUGGAGGAGGAAGUGAUUGACGAUAAGGAAUUCGACAUUCCCCAAGUAGACACACCUCCCACCUUGGAGAGCAUCCUCAAUGAGCUGGAGGAUGAGGAGGAACCGUUUGUGCUGGAAGAUACUUGGGUGAUGAAUACCGAAAAUAUUGAUGCUCGUUCCUGUGAUAGCGCUUCCCUUGCCAGCUCUGACAGCGGGGACCCAGCUCACUUCAAACGGAAGAAGAAGGCAGUGGAGUUGAAAGCGGCAGUUCAUGGAUCGGUUCUUCGACACAGCAUGCUUCAGGGCAUCUCUGCGCAGAUCGUCUCGGCUGCGGACAAAGUUGAUGCUGGAUUACCAACUGCGAUUACAGUUGCAGGGGUGAUUGUUGUGGGAACGUCUCACGGUCUGGCUUUGGUCUUUGAUAACAACCAAGCGUUAAGGCUCUGUCUUGGAACAAAAACAACUGGUGCGGAGUUUGGUGCGAUCUCUGCCCUCAGCAUCAACAAUGAUUGCUCAAGACUUCUCUGUGGGUUUGCAAAAGGACAGAUUACCAUGUGGGAUCUUGCCAAUGGGAAACUUCUUAGGACGAUCACUGAUGCACACCCUCCGGGCACAGCAAUCCUGCACGUAAAGUUCACAGAUGACCCGACACUUGCAGUUUGCAGCGAUAGUGGCGGAUCGGUUUUUGAGCUGGCUUUCAGGAGAGUAAUGGGCAUGCGUUCCUGUGACUCAAGAUGCCUAUUCAGUGGUUCCAAAGGGGAAGUCUGCUGUAUUGAACCACUGCGUGCAUGUCCAGACUUCAGUGACCACCCAAUAACACAUUAUUCUCUGUUGGCUUUGGCUUCCCUCACGAAGAUUCUGGUAAUUGGACUGAAGCCCUCCCUAAAAGUUUGGAUGACAUUUCCCUACAGCAAGUCUGAUCCAUCCAGUGUCCCACAGCUUGCAUGGCAGUUUGUGUCCGUCCAAAUGGCUGUCAACCCAUUCUUAGCUUUCUGUAAAGGAGAUACAGUUCACUUUCUCAUGAUAAAAAGAGAGGAGAUGGGUGCCAUCCAUGUUAUCAAACAGAGACAUAUUCAUCUCAGCUGCGAUAUAAUCAGUUUGAAUUGGAUUAAUGGUCGUACAUUAGUCCUGAUAGACAGCCACGAAAAGCUACAAGUUGUGGACCGACCCAGUCAGGAGAUUUUGGAGAUUCUGGACUUGGAGCAGGUGCAACUGGUAUACAACAGCCGCCAUUUCAAAUCGCUGGCCACAGGAGGGAAUGUCUCCCAGGCUUUGGCUUUAGUUGGAGAAAAAGCUUGCUACCAGUCUAUUUCAAGCUAUGCAGGACAAAUUGUCUGUUUGGGCACCAAGUCAGCCCAUUCUAUGACUCUCAGGACCUGGAGAGAGCGCAUUGACUGUUUGUUGAAGCAGGAACAUUUUGUUGAAGCUCUCUCAUUGGCCUGGUCCUUUCAUGAACGAACAGCUAAGGCUGUGGUUGGCUUGUGUGUCGAUCCUUUCAAAAGAAAGGGAAUUGUUGGUGACAAGAUGGUGGAGAUACUGUUCCAGUUUGCUGAUCAUGCUAUGAAGAGGUGCCCAGAACAAGGCAGAAUCCAAGUCAUGGAGCAGCAUUUUCAUGAUGUGAUUCCAAUCUUGAUAGAUUUCUGCCUGCUGUUGCAAAGGACCGAUCUACUAUUCGACCAGCUAUAUGCUCGGCUUGUGGAGAAUGUGGUUGCUAAGGGUGUUUUCCUGGAAGCACUCGAGUCAUACAUUGUCAUGGACCGCCUUGGUCACCUCCCCACACCCAUCAUGAAGGAUCUCUUGGCCCAUUACCACAGCAAUGGUUUGAUGGACAAUCUGGAGAGAUGCAUUGUUCGUCUGGACGUCACAAGCCUCGAUAUACAGCAGGUAGUUCAAGUUUGUUGGGCAAACCAGCUAUAUGAUGCGAUGAUCUAUGUGUUCAACAGUGGCAUGAAUGACUACAUCACACCAAUGGAGAAACUUUUUGCUGUAAUUGGCCCACCUCUUCGGGAGGGAAGAAGCUUAACAGCUAAAGAAGUGGUGAUGGGAAACAAACUAUUGGUGUACAUCAGUUGUUGUCUUGCAGGAAGGGCAUAUCCCCUCGGAGACAUCCCUGAGGAUCUUGUGGUUCAGGUCAAGAUUCAGGUAUUUGAGUACUUGAUUCUGCUCCAUGCAGGGGAAUCAUCGUCAGAUGCUUACCCUCUUAUUCAUACACUGCUCCACUUUGAUACUCGAGAAUUCCUAAAUGUUCUUGCUAUGGUGAGUUUUCCUGCACGCAUUUAUUUACUUGACUAUUUUAUCUUAUUUGUUCUUCGGUAUACAGCGAUCAUGGUUGCUCAGGUGUAUGAUUAUUGCACUGCGGGUGUGCUGAAGCCUAACCAGGCGACUUUGGGCGAGAGGCGAGACCUCCUCAGUUCCGCCAACAAACCCUCCCGUGAGGAAAUAGAGUCUGGGGACUCCAAGGUGGGCUCUCGUAUCGCUGGGGUUGAAGUCAGUGACGUGGCUAAACAGCUCCUCAGUGGUGGCCUAGCCCGACAUCUUGGGCAGAGAAGCUCGCCCAACAAGUGUUUUGUGGACUUGGAGAAGGCGUUUGACGUGUCUCCCUGGGAAUCUUUUGGUGGGUGCUUCGGGAGUACAAGUGUGACCAAACCCAGAAAGCAGGUGAUGGUGGACAACCCGGACUUUACACCAUCCCAGGUGGGCGGGCUUUUCACGUUUUUGGCUCGGCAGCUGUCUAAACCAGACAACACACUUUUUGUAAACAGAAAAUUAUUUGACCAGGUCUUGGAGUUCCUAUGCAGAUCAGAUGAUGCCUCUCGACACACGGAACGACAGCAGGUUCUACUGCAGCUGCUCCAGGUCGGAGGUGUGGUCCAGUUUGAUGAAGAAAAGCUGUUGACUUUGUCACAGAGAGCCAAGUUCUACCAAAUUUUGGAAUUUCUUUAUGAGAAGAAACAUAUGUAUGACAAGACCAUUGACUGCUACCUAAAAGACCCUCUGAGAAAGGGGGAGAUCUUCAGCUAUAUCGACCACCUGAUGUCUAUGUCAAGCCACGGGUCUGAGGAGAAGCAAGCAAUCAAGAAUAAAACACUGCAGCACAUACAGGAACUGAUCAUCUUUGAUACAAACAGGUCCGCUGACCUGGUUGUGUGUCACUUUGCUGAAGAAGUGGAUCAAAUUGUUUGCCUUCUUCCGGAUGGCGAGCUGCAUUUCAAGUUUUUGAGCUCAUUCAUGGAGUCAUGGGAACGCCAUUAUCCGGGGACUUCCCCUCCAUUGGAACAUGAUCUGCACACGCAUCUACUGGACCUGAUGUGCCGUUUUGCCCCCCAACAGCUCUUGAGUUUCCUCCAAACCUCACAGCACUAUAAGUUGGAGGAGGCCAUACAAAUCACUGAGAAGUACCACCACAGUGAAGCUACAGGUUAUUUGCUCGAGAAGAAAGGAGACUUUUAUGGAGCAUUUACAGUUUUGUUGGAGGCAUUAAAAGUGCAGCUUUCUCUACUGACUGCUGACCCCACCAGAGGGCAGAACGAAGAGGACAAAGAAAAUGAGUCGAUUCUAUUGAAGAGAGUAGAAAAUUCACUGAACGACCUCAUCGCCUUGGGUCAUCGCAACUCUCAGAAACUCCAGCAGCCACAAAUCAAGGAGCUCUGGUUUUCAUUAUUGGAGACAUUGAUGACUCCCCAGAAACAGGUCUUAAAGGAUCUGACAAUGAACGUUCUCAACAGUAUGAGCAGCUUGGUUUCACUGCCUGCUAUCAUACAGCAGAUACUGCAGAGUCCCAUUUAUCAGAAAGGACAAUUUGCAGAGAUCCAAGUCCUUAUUCUUGGGAUGCUUGACACUUUCAACUACGAACAGACUUUAUUUGAAACGACCACCAGUCUUUUAAAUCAUGACCUCCACUGGUCCCUGGCUCAUCUGCGCACCGCUGUGACAAGGGGACUCCACCCGAGACAAGACUACUGUAACAUUUGCCUACAACAGUACAAGAGGUGGCAGGACCCAUCUGAGCAGAUCCUUCUAUUUAGCUGUGGUCACCUGUACCACGUUCAGUGCCUGCAGCAACAAAAUACGGACUGUGGGUUGGGAGGUGCUUCAGAGCAGCAGCAGCAGCAGUGGAGUUGCUACAAGUGUUCCACCGUUCACAGAGGAAGAGGCCGUCAGUAUACCAUACCGACGAGAAGUCGCAGCACAUCCCUUGCACAGACUCGACUUUCAUCUGCUCGUCAUGACGAAGCUGGUCGAAAGAAGGUUUUUGAAGAGGUAAUGCUGGACUUUCCACAAGAACAAUCCUGGAAUCACCUACGUUGUUUAUACAAAGGGCCAUCAAGGUUGUCCGUCCUGACGGAGCUCUCUCACUGCCACAGCAACGAGAGAGCAGGGAUUCUCAUUCAAGCUCAUCCAGCACAAGAGAGUUUCAGUCUUAAACUAUCUCCUCCGCCUCUGUUGGAAGAAUAGCAAUGUGUAGCGUUAGCCCUUUGGGAGGAGCAUGUCACACUUCUUUGUCUUCACCCUAAACGGGGUGAGCUGUCCACAAAAUGGAUGGAGUGAGUGAUUGGAUUGCCCGAACAUGUUCGUAUUGUCUUUGUAUCCCUGCCCCGAUAUGAUCAGUGAUGCUUGAAUUAUGAUAUCUUUGUAACCUGUGAGACUUUUGACCUGUUGGUCAAGGUGUAUUCAAUGUUUGAAAGUGUGUCAUCUUGAAAAUACACAUUGUUCCAAAUUA